AUGGAGCAUAUUUCCACAACCGCCUUAGCCAUCACCGUUCCUGAUGAGUACUCGAGCGGUGCCCGUGGCUAUGCCCUACAUAUGAAAGAUAAGAAGCGGAGUUUCAAAUGGGGACGGCAAAUAUCCCUGAUCAUACUCCGCACUUUCAAUUCGCGGCUAGGAAAGCCGCGGCCAUUCUGUGUUCCCGAAAGAGCGUUGAAGGUUGGGGAAAUAGCCGCAGACUCGGUAGUUAAUACUCUCAUGUUUUAUGUGGUUGAAUCAGCGAAUUAUUUAAAGUAUGGUGGGUCUGUGGGGUCACUCCAGCCACAUUUCCAGACCCCUGGGCGGCUUUUCCAUUUCGGGACAAUGGACGGUUAUCCUUGGCUGGCAUGCAUGACGGGGAUCUGGAAGUCCCUGCCAACUGCCUUAUCUGGAAAUUCAACCUUUUACUAA